GAAGCCGCGCAUUACCUAGGCACCGUCAGGUCUGUAUCGAAGGGAUUGUGAGUUCAUAUGAAGAAUAAUAUAUCUUUCCUUUUUAUUUCGCAAUCAUCAGUGUCAAUCAACCAUCAGAGCAGUGCGAACAGAACGGGCAGAAAGCAGAAAGCAAAAGACUUCCCCUUGAGUGAUUAUCCAUCAUCCAUCCAUUGCCCGCAUCUCGUGCUCCCCCCGGAUUUUCCAUUUUUAUCGCCCAAGCGAAGCCCCCCGCGUGAUAAAUCCCUCCUAAUCGGAAGAUGCCUCCUCAGUCCUCUCCAUCUUCUCAAUCCCCUCAAUCUUCUCUCUCCACGACGACAUCAACAUCUUCAUCUUCUCCAUCUCCUCUCCCCUUUUCUUCUCCUCCCAGUUCUCGUCUCCAGAUCAUCGCCGCACACAUGUCGUCCUCACUCCCCGCCACCAGUUUUCCCCCAGAUGUCGUCCCCCAAGCUCCAGAGGAUCCCCUCUUUGGCUUGAUGGCCGCGUACAGGGCCGACCCCUUCGACAAGAAGGUCGACCUGGGCAUUGGCGCCUACAGAGAUAACGACGCAAAGCCCUGGGUUCUCCCCGUUGUCAAGAAAAUCCUCCGUAACGACCCCGCCUUAAAUCACGAAUAUCUGCCCAUCUCGGGCCUCGAAAGCUUCACCUCUGCCGCUGCAAAACUCAUCCUGGGCGCCGAUUCCCCUGCACUGCUCGAGAAACGCGCACACUCAAUACAGACCAUCUCGGGCACAGGAGCGGUACAUCUCGGAGCCCUCUUCCUCAAGCGCUUCUACCCCGGCCAGCCCAGCGUCUACUUCAGCAGCCCGACAUGGGCCAACCACAACCAGAUCUUCUCGAAUAUCGGCAUCCCCAUACAAACCUACCCCUACUUCUCAAAGGCCACCAAGGGCCUUGACUUUGAUGGCAUGAAGCAAGCCAUCGCUGCCGCUCCCGACCGCAGCAUCAUCCUCCUCCACGCCUGCGCGCACAACCCCACGGGCGUCGACCCGACACAAGACCAGUGGCGCGAGCUGGCCGCGCUGCUGAAGCAGAAAUCCCACUUCCCCUUCUUCGACUGUGCCUACCAAGGCUUCGCAUCGGGCGACCUCGCCCGCGACGCCUGGGCCAUCCGCUACUUCGUCUCCCAAGGCUUCGAGCUGUGCAUCGCGCAAUCCUUCGCCAAGAACUUCGGCCUGUACGGCGAGCGCGCCGGGGCCUUCCAUUUCGUCACGGGUCCUAGCCCCGACGCCGCCAAGACCAUCUCCCGCAUCGGGUCACAACUGCAACAGCUGCAACGGUCCGAGAUCUCCAACCCGCCGGCAUACGGCGCGCGCAUCGCGAGCCUGAUCCUCAACGACGCCACGCUCUUCGCCGAGUGGGAAGCCAACCUCCGCGAGAUGUCGGGGCGCAUCAUCUCGAUGCGGCAAGCUCUCCGCGCGCGGCUCGAAGAGCUCGGCACCCCGGGCACCUGGAACCACAUCACGGACCAGAUCGGCAUGUUCUCGUUCACGGGGCUGAGCGAGACGCAGGUGCGCGAGCUGCGCGACGUGGCCCACGUCUACAUGACCAAGAACGGGCGCAUCAGCAUGGCCGGUCUGAAUACGCAUAAUCUGGAAUACUUUGCGCGCGCCGUCGAUCGCGUCGUGAGAGGGUGGCAGAAGCUGUAGUAGCGCGGGGGUGGGACUCAGUUCGUGGGGUGCGGGGUUAAAUUCCUGUACCAGGGGGUUCAGGGGGUUAGGGGGUUUGAGGGGUUGGGGGUUUGUGGGGAAGAAAGAAGAAAGAAAUCCUUGAUGCAUCAUGAUUCAUGAUUCAUACAAUUAUUUUUUUAUUCAUUAUCUAUCAUAGCAACAGCAGCAGCAGUAGUAGUAGUUACUAGAUGAUUGAUUGAUUGAUUGAUUGGAUCCCCUUCUAAUAUGGAAUCGAAAUGGAAAUUGGGAUUAGGAUUAGGAUUGGGAAUUUAGCUAGCUGAAGAUUAUAGAAUAAGAAGAACGAGAAUAAGACUUGAAUUUUUCAUCUAUCAU